UCUCCUGAUUGAUCAGGGGGCUGAUCUGAGAAGCGUUCCAGGGUGGAGUAAAACUGACAGAUUUGAAUUUGCCAGGAUUGUAGUGAAAAAUAGCUUGCCUAAAGAAACAAGGGUGGCAGGUUGGCAGCGGUUGAUUACGUCCAAAAUAUUCCUUAAAGCAUCACUUACCACUUUCUCGCCCUGGCUGACUUAACCCAGCCCUGGUUGUUUUUGCUAUGGGUAAAUGAACAGUUGUGUGGUUUGCAGCUGUGAAUUACCAAAUUUUGAAGGCAGCCAUGAGGUAUUACAACAAGAAACAAAGAACUUCAAUCCCCAGUGGAUGGGUCCAGGAAAAAUUAACUGCUGUACCUUGUACGCGAACAUGGGCUGGCCGGGGUUGCGCUGGCAUUGCCUGCUGAUGCCGCUCGGGCUUGGGAUGCCCGGCGUUUUGGCUGCGCCCACGGACUUGUGCUGGCUCAUGCCAGUGAUACCUUCCAGCAUCCUUUUCCUUCCCUGAUCAAGCCAAGCUUUUCUUGUCGCUGGUUGCUGGCUAUUAAGCACUAGCAGGUUUAUUACCCUGUAGAACAGUAAGUUCUAUUUGAAAUACAAAAUUAGUUUCACUUUUUAAUACAUUUUUUUCCCCUAGCAACUUGGACAUUAUUUUUGCUCAAGCUUGGAAUCGUCAAAAAGCUCAGAUUGUGGGCUUUGCUAGCACAAAAUGUAGGUGGCUGCAGAUAUGUCGGCAUUGAUACAACGACGGGGUGUUGUUUUUAACUAAAUUAAUGUCAGCAGACUUGGAUUGUGCUCCUUUUCUACUCCUAGGUUUCCAGUAAAGUGGCUCGUUUUAAGGUGAGGCUGUCUGUCGACUUCCGUUGUUUCUUGACCAGUUAUUUGUGAAGACUUUAACGUUCUGUAGUCUGACAAUUCAGAAGCUUGGAGCUAUACUGUGGUAAGACCUCCUGAGGUAAAGGGGAAAAUCCCUGGUCGUCCUGGGGCUGUAGGAUGAGGCUGUUUUCACAUCUGAGAACAUCACUGAACAUCACUCUUCCCGAAUAUGGGCAGUCACGUUUCUCAUGGGGAUCUCUGUUUUUACGUGCUAACUUGUUUGGCACUUGAAGAUGCUUUUAAGAGAACUGUGCUUACCCCUGCCAAGUUGUUCCUUGCCUGCCCGUGGAUAAAUCCUGGCCUGUGGGGUAUGCCAACUUGGAGGGGGGGGCGGGGGGAACUUUAGGUCCUGCCAAUUUUUCUCCUAUUUACACACAUCUCGCUAAUUGCAGCAGAGGAUGACGGGCGGCCCCCUUGGCGAAGCCACCCCUGAAGUACGCUCGCUGGGAGCAUUUGCUCUGCUCAGGAGAGCUGUGCUGUGAGCACAGCCAGGAGAGCGGGUUCGGCUGGUGCCAGGGGCGCCACGGGCAUCGCAGCAGGUUCGUGGGAACAUCUCGCCAGGGGGAGAGUGUCUUCGCUUUCUUCUCGAUUCGGUGGAUUCCUCAUCCUGCUUUUAACCGCUGGCUGUAAAGCUGUGAACGAGCGCUGCGAGUAGUAGUGUUUUGGUGUCAUUCAGCUCUGCUUAGGACUUUUCCAUGUUCGCGCACUGAAGACAGUGAGAGUCAGUAGAAUUCUUUUUUUUUUUUUUUCCAGAAGAACAGCAGCACUGUGGGCAAGCACAUGCCAUGCAGAUAUGUUGGUCGUUCCAGUGUCUGUAUGUGUGUGUCUCAAGAAGAAAAAUCGUUCAGAAAAAUCAUUCAGAAAAUGUAUUAAUCUUGGCAAAGAAUAGCCUUCUUCCUGAAGGCAGCAGCAGCACGGCUAGCCAGCCCUCCCAAAGAAGCAAGGCACUGUCCCAGCCUGAGGGUGAGCACGUCACCUGGUCUUCCCUUGCACACUCCGUGUUUGUGUGAGGCUCCUUUGAAGGGAGGCAGAUAUGCUGCCAGUUUACAGUGUAUUUGUUGUUGUUCUUAAAUGCUUGUUAUCUCUCGCGUUGUUGUUAGACAGGAAGAAGUUAUAGUCCUUGCGGUUGCAGAAAAAAUGCUUGGAAACUUGAACCCUUUGUAUGCAGAACCCUAAAAUCCAACUGAAAGAUGGUAAUGGUAGCAGCUCUUUUUGAAAAUAUACUUGUGAAUUUUUAAAUCUCAGUUAAUGGCUCUGAUCACCUGGGACUAGCAAUACUAUUGCUCAGAAGCGGGUGAUAUUUCCGUCUUGGACCCUUUGUGGUGUGCUCUGUAUGGCAUCAUCCUACAGGAAAAUAGCCAUUUCAGAGUGUCUAGCAGAUGUGAUAGCAUCCUCUGCUUCCGUAGUAAGGUUUCGAGAGCUGAUUUUUUUUCUCCUUGUUAGAGGAGAGGCACUGUUUCUUAAAAUGAAACAGAACAACUCUCUGAUAAAGAGGCUUUUGAAAUUCCCAGGUGUAAAUUGCAAGGCUGUGAGGUUCAAGAAGGUAAUGGGCGGGAGAAGUUGUUUGUCUGAAGAUGGAGCAGGACUCGCGAGAGCAAUUUCUCCCCAAGGCAAGAGGUGUCUGGGGUAAGAGACAAAGGGGAUGGAUGUAAGCAAGGAGCAAGCGCACUUAGAAUCACAGAAUCAUUAAGUGUGGAAAAGACCUCCAGGAUCAUCUUGUCCAAUUGUCCCACCUUGAUGGGACGAAUCACCUGAAGACACCUUGAUGCUUCUGCCUCAGGGUGGGGGCUUUGAAGAAGCAUUAGGGAGGAAGACGAAAAGCUGGGGACAGGCCAGCGUGUUGGGCCGACUGGCUGCUCUAUUACUACCAGCCUAGUCUGGCGGCCAUCACUCCUGCAUUUCCAAGGGCGUGAUUAUGCCCGCAUUUGUGAUUUAAACCGGCGGGAUGUAAUGGUAAGUGCUUGCCCCACGCGUGGGGUUUGAAGGUCAGGUUGUACUCAGCGUGUGCUCUGGGUGUCUGUGUCAGCGGGCGCUGUCGUGGUUCUGGGUCCGACCUAAUCGCAGUAGUUCCCCGCCGGUGACAGUGUGGUGCGGGGGAGCCCCACCUGAAGAGGGCCAGGCCACAGGAGACUUUUUGAACCUUUCCUGGCUCAGACCUGAUGACUUGGCCUCGUGGCUCUGGCACUGCCUCGCCGUAUUUCCUUCUGCUUGGAAAAUAGGAGGGUACGGAGGAGGAUCUUCAAAGUAGGUGUGAGACUGGUAUUCCAACAGCCAUGACUUUGCCUGCAUUGUCUGCUCGUGCCGAGCAGCUUGUGACUUGAUUGUAAAUGUGGCUCCUAGACGUUACGUUAAUACGUGUAAUAUUCUUCAAAAUACAAAUCUGCUCCCUUAAGCCUGUUCAGUUAUGGCAGAUUUGUCCUCACAGCCUUCUGGCAGCCGCUCUUCCAUCUCCCCCCAGGGAAGGAGCUUUCCCUGCAGUUCUUGAAGGCAUUGCUUGCCAUACGGACCUGCUGCCGCCUGCAGAAGGCAGCCCUGUCUUGGAAGGACUCGUCCUCCUCUGGUGCUGUGGGACUUGUCUUCCUGUUACAGUAUGAGCCUCUGUUUCACCUCGUGCACUCAGUAGGUGUCCCUCCCUGUUACGAGAUGCUUUGAGGUAUUCCCAUCCAGGGGAUGCACUUGUUGAAGGUCUGGAUGCUUUUCUUUCAUCUUUCAUCUGUCGCCUGGCUCAUUCCUGCCUUUCUUUGUUAGCGGGUGGAUUGUGCAGGGGAGUUGGACGGCAACUGACCUCACUGUCCAGCUCCUGCCAUAGGCCAGGUCCUGGAUGAGGCCAGGUCCUGGAUGGGGCCAGAUGGGUUUGCAUGCGUGCGGACACCGGCAAGGAAAUGCCUGACCAGCCUCUGGACGUCUCAGUGGGGAUGAAACCACAUCCCCUGUGUCUCGCUGCAAGGAACAAUUCCCAGAUUGUGAGGGUCCAAGCUCAGAAACAGAAAGAGCUUCAUUUAAGGCCUUUAAAAAUAGCUGGCCAAGGACUGAUAAAGUUUGUUCCAAGUUCUAAUUGAUGAUUUCCGUCAAGUACAGUAAGUGCUUAAGAAAGGCAUGCUCAGCGUGAACAGGGGGCUUCUGUAAGCCGCAGGGGUGAUGACCCGACGUGGGGCAGGCUGCCCGUGGUGGCUGUGGGGUGUUGUGCUUGUGAGGAGGGGAAGGGGGGCUGUGUGCUUCAGGCAGGGCUGGAACCCUGCCUGUUCCCCAAGUGCUGUUAUUGCAGGGGAAGGGUUUGGAUUUUAUGAACCAGCAUACUCUUAAGGGUCGGGAGCUGUCUGGUUAAUCAUGCUGAAUGGCAUUUUUGGUCACCUGAAUGUGACAAACGUGGUUAUUUUACAGUGUUGUUGCUUUCUGAGUUCACUUCGGUAUAAAAAAAAAUAAAUCACUGGCAUCCACAAGAAAUACAGCAAGCUUCAAUAGCUCUAAUAAAUAACUUAGGAAGGUGAAGAAAUGCCGGCACGCUGCCAAGGGGCAGAACGUAUUCCUGUUGAUGCAAGGAGACGCGGAAAGUUGCACAGCGCUGCGGGGAAGUACUCGUGAUUGCCAUCCUGCGUGGUGGGAGGCAGAGGAUGCGUCUCUGGAACACGUCCCUCUGGAAGGGAAGGCGCUGUGCCACCAGCUGCCUUGCCCAGGUACCCGGAGCCGCCUCUGCUGAGGCCACGCAGGCCAGUGGAGGGGCAGAAUGCACAAGGCUUGUUUCGUUGCAGUUUUCCAGACGGAUUUUCCUUAGCAGCUCUGUGAAAGCCGGCAGUCCUGGGCCGUUCCUCCCGAGCAGGACAGCAGCUCGGGGCUGGAUGUUCCCCAGGAGCCACGUGGCGUUUCGUCCAGCAUUGCGGGGGUGCCGGGCAGGACCAGUGCUGGGGCAGCGAGGGGCCUUGUCCUGCGGUGACUGCUGCGUGUCUGCAGAGCCACCCUUAGGGCUGCCCUUCGGGCUGGGACCCCGUAGCCCCAUGCAGCGAGGAUGGCCUGGCUGCUGGGCUCCGAACGGCCCCGCUGGGCAGCUCCUGCUUGCGGGGCUCUGGUGCUGGGGCAGGGCUUGGGGAUCCUAGCGGGGAGAAGGGCGCUGGCGGGUGCAAAACACAGAGGAGGGGGGAUUGCUUCAUCAUCCUGCACGGUGUCUUGUCGCAUGCAGGUCACCGCCUUGUGCAGGGGGAAGAUGAUGAGCGUGUCAGGCUAGCAGGGCUUCCCCCCGCUAGUGUCUCCGUGUGGACAUCGCCAGCGGUCCGUCAGAGCGAGAAGAAACUCGUGGCGCUGUGCGGGAUCUGAUUUUGGCGCGCGGUUGGCCUCGCAGCUUCUGCUUGGCAGGAGUAGCAGGUCAUGGUCUGAAACGCGGGAGGCCGAGCAGGGAAGCGGGGACCUUGGAAGCGUUUGGGCAGCCGAGGAGGGGAUGCUGAGCGAGCCCCCGGCCCGGCGGGUCCGGGGCUGGGAGCCUCUGGAGAGGGCUCACGGGAAGUCAGCGUGGGCUACGUGGGUGCAGCUGUGCCUCGGGUGCCUGCGUGGUGCGGUGAGCCGGGAGUCACUGAUUCUCUCGCGGGCGUUGGCGUGGCGUGGGUGGUCUCCUGCGGCACGGGGCGCGCGCAGCCCUUUUCCUUCGGCUGGGGCUGGGUUCAGCUUGUGCUCGCGCGCCUUCUUCUCAGGCUAAUGUCAGCCGUGAUGGGAUGUUGGAUUAGACUAAAUCUCCUAGGUUUAGCUGGAAUGUUGUCUCGCUGUAGCAUUUUUCUCCCUUGCUCUUUUCUCUAAGCCUUCCCCUGCAGCCAGCUAAUUCUCCCCUUCCCCCACAUCCUGUCAUACCCCAGAGCAUGUCACAAGGAAUUAGCGGCUGAAAAGGCCGGCGGAGGCUGCUCCUCUGGAACAGGCUCUCCUUUCUGCGGCGGGUGGCCCCCUCUGUGUGCCCCUUUUGUGUCCCGUCCAGCUCCCCUCCCCCUGGUCAUUCAGUGCGUGCCAGAGGAGAGGCCGGCGGCCCAGGGCCUUCCCGGCCGGGCUCAGCACCCUCCUGAUGCCACCCGCUGCGCCUGGGCGCUUUUCCGGGCCGUGGCCGUGCCCGCGGCGCUCCCGGUGCCGCCGGGAGGAGGAGGUUCGAGGUUGGCGCUGCUGGAGCCUUCCCUUCCCUCCCAUCUCCCCGCACGCAUCUGACAGCGUCGCCCGCUCUCGCUCCCCAUCCUUCCCACAAUUCGCACACAAUCUCCUCAGAAUAGGGAUGAUGUCACUUCCUUCCAGAGGGUGCCGGGGGUGUGGAAGGGGGAGUCACGACCCCUGCCUCGGCGGCUCUCGGCAGCCCCGAUGAACAAACGGGGCGGCCGGCUUGGAGGGAGGGAGUUGCCGUGAGGAUGAUGCCCGGCUCCGUCGGCAGGCAGGCACCGCGCUGUCCUUCCCUCCGCCGCCCGGGAUUCUCAAUGGCUGCAAGAAGAGUUUGCUGCUCCCUCCUUCGCUUGUGAUGCCUGUCUCCGUGGAUGUGCGCUUCUCCUGAAACGCCUUCACGGGAGAGAAGGAUGAGCGGCGGCUGGACCGCGGGCCAUGAGGUGAGUGUCGUGCCUGCUGAACUUUCUCAGACCCACUAGCCAUGCCAGGAAUUGUUGUGUUCCGCCGUCGCUGGUCUGUAGGCAGCGAUGACCUCGUUUUGCCAGCAGUCUUCCUCUUCCUCCUGCAUACCACCUGGUUUGUGAUCCUCUCCGUGGUGCUCUUUGGGCUGGUGUACAACCCCAACGAGACCUGCUCGCUUAACCUGGUGGACCACGGCAGAGGCUACCUGGGCAUCCUGCUCAGUUGUAUGAUCGCAGAGGUGGCAAUCAUCUGGCUCAGCAUGCGAGGCAGUAUCCUGUACACAGAGCCCCGGGACUCCAUGCAGUAUGUGCUCUAUGUCAGACUGGCUAUCUUGGUGAUUGAGUUUGUGUAUGCUAUUGUGGGCAUCAUUUGGCUAACGCAGUACUACACUUCCUGCAAUGAUAUCACCGCAAAGAGUGUCACUUUGGGAAUGGUUGUGUGCAACUGGGUUGUCAUCCUGAGCGUCUGCAUCACGGUCCUGUGUGUCUUCGACCCGACAGGCCGGACCUUUGUCAAACUGCGUGCCACGAAGCGGAGACAGCGCAACUUGAGGACAUACAACCUGCGACACCGCCUGGAAGAAGGGCAGGCCAGCAGCUGGACACGCCGACUCAAAGUUUUUCUUUGCUGCACGCGGACAAAAGACUCUCAGUCGGACGCCUACUCUGAAAUCGCCUACCUUUUUGCUGAGUUUUUCCGAGACCUUGACAUCGUCCCAUCUGACAUCAUUGCAGGCCUGGUUCUUCUGCGUCAACGGCAACGGGCAAAGCGCAAUGCUGUGCUGGAUGAGGCAAACAAUGACAUUUUAGCUUUUCUGUCUGGGAUGCCAGUGACCAGGAACACAAAGUAUCUGGAUCUGAAAAAUGCGCAAGAGAUGCAGCGAUACAAAGAGGUGUGUUACUACAUGCUGUUUGCCCUGGCGGCCUAUGGCUGGCCCAUAUACCUGAUGAGGAAGCCCACAUGUGGACUCUGUCGCCUGGCCAGAUCCUGCUCAUGUUGCUGUCUCUGUCCCUCGCGUCCCCGCUAUGCGCCUAGUGUCACCAUUGAGGAGGAUAAUUGCUGUGGCUGCAAUGCCAUUGCCAUCCGGCGCCACUUCUUGGAUGAGAAUAUGACCUCGGUGGACAUCGUUUAUACUUCUUGCCAUGAUGCGGUUUAUGAAACUCCUUUCUAUGUGGCUGUGGACCAUGAUAAGAAGAAGGUGGUCAUUAGUAUCCGAGGAACGCUGUCUCCAAAAGAUGCCUUGACUGACCUAACAGGGGAUGCAGAGCGCCUUCCAGUGGAGGGUCACCAUGGGACGUGGCUGGGACACAAGGGAAUGGUGCUAUCUGCUGAGUACAUCAAGAAGAAAUUGGAGCAAGAAAUGGUGCUUUCUCAAGCUUUUGGGCGAGACUUGGGGAGAGGAACAAAACACUAUGGCCUGAUUGUGGUUGGCCAUUCCCUAGGGGCUGGCACAGCUGCCAUCCUGUCCUUCCUUUUGCGUCCGCAGUACCCGUCACUGAAGUGCUUUGCCUAUUCUCCCCCAGGUGGGCUGCUGAGUGAGGAUGCCAUGGAGUAUUCAAAAGAGUUUGUGACUGCAGUCGUGCUUGGCAAAGAUCUAGUGCCCAGAAUUGGUCUCUCUCAGCUGGAGGGAUUUCGCCGUCAGCUUCUGGAUGUUCUUCAGAGGAGUAACAAACCAAAGUGGCGAAUCAUUGUGGGUGCUACAAAGUGCAUACCCAAGUCAGAGCUCCCUGAAGAGACAGAAGAAAACUCAGUAACGAGUAAUCGCCUCUGGACCCAUCCCAGUGAUCUGACUAUUGCUCUGUCUGCAAGCACGCCGCUCUACCCACCUGGCCGCAUCAUCCACGUGGUGCACAAUCAUCCUGCAGAGCAGUGCUGUUGCUGCGAGCAAGAGGAUCCCACUUACUUUGCUAUCUGGGGUGACAAUAAGGCGUUUAAUGAAGUGAUCAUCUCACCAGCGAUGUUGCACGAACACCUCCCAUACGUGGUCAUGGAAGGGCUCAACAAGGUCUUGGAGAAUUACAAUAAGGGGAAAACAGCUUUACUUUCUGCUGCCAAAGUGAUGGUGAGUCCUACAGAAGUGGAUCUUACCCCAGAGUUGAUCUUCCAGAGUCAGCCCUUACCUAGUGGACCCUCAGUGCAGAUUGGAACUGGAGCCAUAACAGUGGACAGAAGGAACAGCAGUACAAAGAGCAAGUCCCAUUCUGAAAUUAGCUUGGAGGGGUUUUAUGAGACAAAGCCACUUUCUCCUGUGCAGAAAGACCCUGUGGAGCUGCUGCUCCUGGAUACAAAGGAACGUCUGUCUGUGGAGCUACAGGACCGACGUGCUCCUCUUGCAACCAUGGAGAGCCUCUCUGACAAUGAAUCCAUCUACAGCUUUGAUUCAAGGCGUUCUUCUGGUUUUCGUAGCAUCCGGGGCUCUCCCAGCCUCCAUGCUGUCAUGGAGAAGGACGAGACGCAUUGCUUUUAUAUAGACCCUGCUAUCCCUGAGGAGAACCCCUCCCUCAGCUCGCGGACAGAGCUCCUGGCUGCUGAUAGCCUCUCCAAGCACUCCCAGGAGACUCAGCCCCCUGAGAACGCACUCAACAGUGGUGGCACUACCCCCCAGCGACGCUGCAGCGAGGAGGGGGCCAGCAGUGAGGGGGACCGUGUUUCCUUAGCCCCUCGUGAGGAGCUGUCCCUCCAGAACGGACGGCUCACUGAUGUUCCCAGUCCCCAAGUGCUGGAGUUUGCUGAGUUCAUAGACAGCCUCUUCAAUCUGGAUAGCAAAAGCAGCUCCUUCCAGGACAUCUACUGCAUGAUGGUGUCUGAUAGCUCCAGUGACUUUGCAGAGAUGCCCAAGUCUGUCAGUGAUCAGGAGAUCCUGUUGAGGGCACAAUAUGAACCCAACCUAGUCCCAAAGCCCCCAAGGUUGUUUGCAGGCUCAACAGAUCCUUCGUCGGGCAUCUCUGUCUCACCCUCUUUCCCCCUUAGUUCAUCUGGAGAACUCAUGGACAUCACUCCCACAGGCGUGAGCAGCCAGGAGUGCCUGGCCACUGACAAAAUCCGGACUUCCACCCCCUCUGGGCAUGUAACCAGCCCUGCCAAGCAGGAGGACCUCAUGAUUUCAGCCCUUUAGUGCAGGGCAAAGGGGUGCGGCUCUGAGAGCUGAUCCCGUAGGCUGCGUGCUGGGAUAAUACUUGGAGGAGGUGGUCAUCAGGCAGUUCAGAUCGGCGGAGACAGCUGGAAACAUUCCUUCUGGGGUGACACGGUGGUGGAGGAUGGAUUGUGCUCGAGUCCCAUGCUUAUAGCUGGGAUAAGAAGCAUUGCCUCACAAGGUCUGCUACACUGAGAGGGUCUGAGUCAGUAAAGGUAGAUGCAAGUUCCCUACCUCAGCCUGUCUCAUUUCAUAUAAGAGGCAGAUUCCUUGCCCAAGGGCACCUGCUGAGUUUGGGAGCGAGAUGCCCUGCUUCAGGGAGUCCUCUGGGGUAAAGCUUCUCUGAAGCUUGAGGUUUAGAUAGACAGAAGCAAGGGGGCCAGGCCAGAUCACCCCCUUGGUACCGUUUCAAUAGUUUUGGAAAUGAGCGGAUUGAGACUUUGGGCCCUGUUGCACUACCAUGUCAGAUCUGGCCCAAGAUCCAAUUCGUCACACUUCCAUGGGGAUUGCUUUCCUAGGACACACUCUUGUUUUAAAGCCAUUGGGGCUGUAUUCUCUCCAAAUGCAGCCUCCCUUUCCCUGGCCAGGCACAGCAAGAAUCAGUCUGGCACUAUUUUCUCUCCCCUGAGUACUUCUGUGUUCAGUGACCACCAGGCUGCUCCUGAGAGGAAAGGAAAUUGUUCUGAAGAGCCAAAAGCCCUCUGCCAUGUCCCUCCUUUGCUGGAAAGAGUCCUCCUGUGGAUGCCAUCAUCAUCACUUCUCAGUUCCCUGGACUGCUCUGAGCUGGCGACGUUCCUACAGGACUGACAGGAUUCUCAUCUCGGAGCUUCAUGGAUGGAUCAACUUAAAAUAUUUAAAAAGGCUUGUCAGCACCCAGCAUUAUUUGCUAGCUCCCUGCGGAGCCUGGGAGCCUCUCCUGGACCCCGCUGGGUCUUCACACCACCCAUAUGCAGUAAUCACAGAUCAGUGCCAGCCUCUGUCAUUGGGAGUUCAGGGAAAAGAUGAACUUUUACUAAGUAUUGAAAUUUUUUGUAUGUUUACAGAGCUGCUAAGCUUUAUGGAAGGUAUUUAUUAAGCAAACAGGGAGGCUUUCUCUAGGCAAGAAGCAUGUUCAUUCUGUCCUUCCUGUGCCAUUCCCUCUGGCGACUGAGGGGGAGAGAGGGUGCGCAAGUAUGACUGCGAAUCCCCUGCUUUUGAAGUGGGGUAGGGUGUUGGGAGAACCCCUUGGAUCAGAGUCUGGGGGAAGCUGCGUGUCCCUUGCCCACCCUCACUUGUCCACCUCCCUGUUGCACAAUGUGUUACAAAGCUGGACCAAGUCAUUAGCAAAACUACCUGAGCACUGCUGUGCAGAGCCUCGGUGCGCAGAGGAGCCUGCUAGAGCUAUCUAAGCAGUGAAUUUCUGAUGGUGAAAGCAUG